GCAACCCAGAGAACAGGGGUGGACGGUUUUGAGUCGGGUUUUAGUAAGUUAUUUUUUAUUUUGCGACACUCAGUCUAUUUUUUUUUGGGAGAGAUGUUAUUAACUCGGGUUUUUCAAAACUAUGUCGUAUGUUUAUUAUAAGUCUUCGCACCCAUCCCGGCAUCGUUUCCACUAAGGGUUUUCCACUACCAGAGCUAACUAACGUAGGCUAGCUUCUGUGAGCUGCGUUUGAUAACGUCAACAUCUUAAAUCUUCAAAUAACCGUAGCAAAAUGGCGCUGACGGCGGCAGACACGGGAUUCAACAGGAACGAAGAGGAGGAACCCGACGUGAUUGCCAAAGCUAGCGUCUUGGGCGGCUUCAGUGAGAACGCGGAGGUCCGAGCACUGAUCGCCAGCCUGCCGGAGGUCCAGUGUGGCAUCAUAGCGCAGGAGUCUGCCAUAGAGAGGUUCCUGGUCAUAAUGGACAGGUACCAGGAACAGCCUCAUCUGCUGGAUCCACAUCUUGACUGGAUGUUAACCAUGAUGUUGGACUUGGUAAGGAGUGAGAAGUCUCCCCCUUCGCUGGUUCAUCUUUGCUUCAAGUUUCUCUACAUCAUCUCUAAGGUGAGAGGCUAUAAAAUCUUCAUGCAGCUCUUACCUCAUGAGGUGGUUGAUGUCCAGCCAGUUCUGGACCUGCUAUCCAGACAGGAUCCCAAAGACACUGAGAUUUGGGAAACACGUUACAUACUGCUAUUGUGGCUUUCUAUGACCUGCCUCAUACCCUUUGACCUGUCAUGCUUGGAUGGUAACCUGGAGUCUGACACUGCCCAGGCCAGAGAGUCCAUCAUGGACCGCAUCCUGGAUAUUGCUAAGUCUUAUUUAACCGUCAGUGAUAAGUCCAGAGACGCUGCAUCUGUACUGGUAUCAAAAUUUAUGACUCGUGCUGAUGUGAAGCAGAAGUACCUGGGAGAUUUCCUGGACUGGAGCCUCACCACCGUAUCUCAGACCAAUGACCAAACAGUGGGGUGCAUAGUAGUUCUUGAUGGAGCUCUGAAAUCUCUGGCACAGCUUUAUAAACAUGGAAAACGAGAUGAUUUGUUACAGUAUGCUGCUACAGUUUUGCAGUGUCUGGAACAGAAGCGCCUGUCUGAGAGCAGCGAGGCCACCCUAAGGAAACUGGGCAUCAAACUGACACAGAGGCUAGGCCUCACUUUCCUGAAGCCACGUCUUGCCAAGUGGAGGUACCAGAGAGGAAGCCGCUCCCUCACAGCCAACCUUGUCGCCUCUCAGUCUACUACAGCUGUUGAGGCUGUGAUUCCCGAUAUGGAGACACAGGACCAAGAGGAGGACUACGACAUCCCAGAGGAAGUGGAGAACGUCAUUGAUCAGUUGCUGGUGGGACUGAAAGACAAGGAGACAAUCGUUCGCUGGUCUGCAGCUAAGGGCCUUGGGAGGGUGACUGGGAGGCUUCCCAAGGAGCUGGCAGAUGAGGUGGUUGGAUCAGUACUGGACUGCUUCAGUUUUCAGGAAACAGAAAACUCGUGGCAUGGCGGCUGCCUGGCACUUGCGGAGCUUGGCCGGAGAGGGCUGCUACUCCCGUCCAGACUCCCCGACGUGGUCCCUCUCAUUUUGAAAGCCCUGACCUACGAUAAGAAGAAGGGUGCAUCCAGUGUGGGCUCCAACGUGCGUGACGCAGCCUGCUACGUGUGCUGGGCCUUCGCCAGGGCCUACGAACCACAAGAGCUCAAUCCCUUUGUCACCCAGAUUGCCAGUGCUCUGCUGAUCACCACUGUGUUCGAUCGCGUUGUCAACUGCCGACGGGCUGCCUCGGCUGCCUUUCAGGAGAAUGUUGGAAGACAGGGCACAUUUCCCCAUGGUAUUGAUAUUAUGACUGCGGCAGACUACUACGCUGUUGGUAAUCUCAACAACUGCUAUUUGAAAAUCAGUGUCUACAUAACUAGUUUCUCUGAGUACACCAAACCCAUGAUAGACCACUUGGUAGCCAUGAAGAUCAACCACUGGGAUGGGGGGAUUCGAGAGCUAGCCACCAAAGCGCUCCACAACCUGACGCCUCAAGCGCCCGAUUAUAUGUCAUUGACAGUUUUGCCCCAGCUGUUGCCCAUGACAGUGGGUGCUGACCUUCACAGUCGGCAUGGAGCCAUCCUGGCAUGUGCAGAGAUCACACACGCCUUGUACAAGCUGGGCGCUCAGACCAACAGGCCUGUGGUGGAGGUCGUCUCAUCAGAAUUCGUGGAUGCCGUGAAGAACUUACACCAGACGAUAUUUGACAGGAAGCAGUAUAGGGGCUUUGGUGGUGAGCUGAUGAGGCCAGCAAUGUGCACUCUCAUAGAGAAGAUGUCCCUUUCCAAAAUGCCUUUCAAGAAUGACCCUGUCAUCACCAGCUGGCAGUGGCUAAUAGAUGACACGCUAAAGAGCCUGCACUUCAUGUCCAGUGGCGUGAGGGAUGGCAUCCAGGAUUCGGCGUUAUCUGCUUUGGCUGCUUUGUGUGAGGAGUUCUACCAAGACCAACCUGGCCACGCUAACCCUCAAAUGCAGGAGAUCCUGGUGUCCCAGUACCUAAACCAACUGAAUAGUCCAGAGGUGCUGACUCGAUGUAGCUCUUGCCUUGCCCUGGGCCGGCUGCCAACUUUUGUGAUCCACAGCAAACUGCAGCAGAUCCUGCAAGGGCUUCAGCAGAUGUGCAUUGCCAGUCAGAAGGACGUGAAUUUUGUAGAGGCCAGGAGGGACGCUGUCAGUGCCAUGGCCCAAGUGUGUAUAAAGGCAGGGGUUAAUGCCCGAGGUUCCCCAGACUCCUUUUUGUGCAGCGAGAACGUGGCGGACGUGUAUGCUGUCUUAUUUGACGGCAUGAGUGACUACACCAUAAGCAGCAGAGGGGACUUGGGUGCUUGGGUGAGAAUGUCGGCGAUGACAAGUCUGAUGGAUAUAACUCUGCUGGUGGUCGCCAGUGCUCCAGAGCUUCUGUCCCCUGACUUGGUAAAGCGAAUGAUGUGCUGCCUGGCCCAGCAGGCAGCUGAAAAAAUUGACCGCUUCAGAGCCCACGCUGGCACCGUCUUCCUGCAACUCCUGCAUAGCACGGAGCCUGCAGUACCUCACAUCCCCCACCGAGAGGAGCUUCUGAGCAUUUUUCCUUAUGAAUCAAAAACCAGUCUGAACUGGAACGCUGCAUCCCAAGCCUUCCCUCACAUCACCCAGUUGCUAAGACUCCCUCAGUACCAGUACCACACCCUGCUGGGCCUAACCGUGUCUAUGGGAGACGUAACCCAGUCUACAGUGCGCUUUUCCUCGGAGUCUCUCUUCAACCAUCUGAAAGGGAUCCAGGAAGACAGCGCUGCCCUGGGGCGGUUUGGUGACAUUCUGCUUCGCAUCUUCAAAGACCAUUUCCGCAACGAAAGAGUGUCUGUUCCAUUCCUCAAGAUGCUGGAUCAGAUGCUGGCAAGCAGCUGCUUCAAAAUCUUCACCACUCAGGAAAAUCACUGGUUCUGUGUGGACCUGUUGGCUCUCUGCAUAGAAGAGAUAAAAAAGUCCAAGAACGUUCAGAAGCUGUGUGCCUGUAUAGCUGUGUUUUGCGGGCUGAUCCAGUUUCAGGGUGAGGUAAGGAAGAAGGUUCUGUCCCAGCUUCUGAGGUACCUCUGCCAUCCUUUCCCUGUGAUCAGGAAAACCACAGCCAGCCAGAUGUACGAGAUGCUGCUGAUCUACGAUGACGUCGUUGAUCCCGAGGUGUUGGAUGAUGCCUUGACCUUGCUAAGUGACACAAAUUGGGAGAGUGGCGUUGCUGAAAUACGGCCCCACAGGAAUCAGCUUUGUGAUUGGUUUGCAGUACCCAGACCGGAGGUGGUUGCCAAGUAGAGCCCGGCCCAAUAGGCAUGUGCUUCCUGUCAACUUGGAAAUGUUAAAUCCAACACCAUCCAGCUCGAGGACGGUUUGGACGAUGGCAGUGGACUGUAAAGCGCAGUUUGUUAGAAACUCUCCAUCUUCCCGCCUUGUUUGUUCUGUUGCAUCUGCUUGACUACAGUGUGCUGUGUAUUCAUUCAUUCAUUCAUCCGCUUAAUGCAAUGUACAUUAGGCGGACGACUCAAAUCUCACUUCAGUCUGUUCAGCCUGUUCAGUCAGUUUUCCAUGACCUGACUGACAAUAAACACAUGAAA